AUGAAUUUACAGAUUAACUCCUGUGAUCAGAAUCUGAACCGAUGCUGUGAAAUAAUAGAACUGAACUCUCAGAUUCAAGGGCAGCUCUUCACAAUCCUCAAUGAAACAUCUCGAGAAGGUGGGCAUUAUGCAGGUAUGGAAACAAUAAAAACUCGUCUCCUGCCAUGGCUAGGCACUUCCUGUGCUGCUUCUGGAAGGCUCUUUGAAACCAGCUCCUCUCUCAUUCAGGAUUCAAUUGAGAAAGAGAAGCAGUUGAGAGAGCUGGAUAUCAAUCACACUUGUCUACUGCAAGAGCUGCAGGAAGAACUGACUUCAACUCGCCUACAGCUCAACCGUGUGCAACAAGAUCUGGCAAAAACCCAGUUGGCUCUUGAAGAUGCAAAGACCAAAUCCGCCUCUACUCUUUUGGCAGCAGAAGAUGAAAUUAUUCAGCUAAAAGCAGCACUGAAGACUUCCUGUGCCCAAGAGAAGGAUGCCCUGAAGAAGUUAGAUCGUCUGAAUGACUAUGAGCAGCAGAUUCAGAUACUGCGGGAUGAGAUUUCUAUCCUGGAUGCCCAAAAGUCUGUUCUCCGGAGCAGGAUCGCACGGAGCCGCUCUCCGUCCCCGACGAGCAGGUCGCUGAGCCCGCUGCGCCUGCGGAGCUGCUCCCCCGGCCGCGCCAGGCGCACCAACGCCUCCCGGCGCAGCGGCCUGCUCGCUCGCUUUGGGGACAUCUAUGCUGAGGAACGUCUGGAUGCAGAGACCCUUCUGAGGACGUACAUCAGUGACAUUGAGAUGGUGCGGAGGAUAAUAUACAUUGCAGCUGUGGAGUCUUUUCAUGCAGCAAAGAUGGCCUACAGGCAGUUCAAAAUACGUGUAAGAGAAACUCUGUCUUUGGGUCACUCAGGGCCUGAGUCACUUGAAGAUGCUGUCCUGGAUUAUAUAGUUCGCCAUGAGGAUCUGUAUGACGUUCAAGCCAGUGUCAAUGAAGUAAUUCGCUGCAUGAACAUCAACCCAAAGAUUUCAUUUCCACCAGAAAUUGAUUUCAUUGUGAUCAGCACUUUGAUUCGAGAGUUGUGCCGUGUGGCUUUUUCAAUGCAGACACUUAUUCCUCCUCUUGAUAUUGCCUUUAGUACUGAUGGAGAACUUUUCAGUGAGACCAAGUACCAUCGUAGUUUGGACUCUGAUUUCACAGCUGUCUUGGUGGCAUAUCAUGUAUGGCCUGCUCUCAUGGAAAAUAAUGUCGUGGUGUUGAGGGGAGAGGCAGUCACAAAAAGGGGAAUUCUGUGCUGUCGCAGAAGUAGAAGUAAAAGUAGAAGUAGAAGCUGCAGUCGUAACAGCAGUCCUCUUCGAUGUCGUCAUUUGUCUCGAAGCUGCAGUCCUUCACUGAGGAGUGGAAGCCCAA